AUGCUUUUUAUUGGUUCACAGCCAGUGCUAUAUACCUAUUUUCGGAGUUCAUGUUCAUGGAGGGUGAGAAUUGCAUUAGCCUGGAAAGGUAUUGAAUACGAGUCCAAAUAUGUUAAUUUGGUGAAGGAUGGAGGACAGCAGAGACAAGAGGAAUAUGCUGCUAUUAACCCAAUGAAACAAGUUCCUGCACUUGUAAUGAAUGGCAGUACAAUGACACAAUCUGUAGCCAUGCUGGAAUACUUAGAAGAAGUCCAUCCAGAAAAGCCGCUACUACCCAAAGAUCCUCUAGACAAAGUCAAAGUGCGAGAGAUUGUGUCAGUGAUCUCUGGAGGAAUCCAGCCUCUUCAGAAUCUGAGUGUGUUACAAAAAAUUGGGGAUGAUGGUAAAAUGGAAUGGGGCAAGUUCUGGAUAGACAAGGGAUUUGUAGCUCUGGAACAGAUCUUGAAACGCACUGCUGGAAAGUACUGUGUAGGAGAUAGUGUAACUAUGGCCGACGCCUGCCUUGUUCCUCAGGUGUACAAUGCCAACAGAUUCAAAGUGGAUAUGGAUCAGUUUCCUACCAUCUCUCGUAUAAAUAAUGCUCUUCUCCAAUUAGAUGCCUUCCAAGAAUCUCAUCCAUCUAAAAUGGAUGACUGCCCAGAGAACCUGCGCAGCUGAUGUUAUAGAAAAAUCAAGAAUGCGAGAGAUUCACAUAAGAAACAAUGAAUUAGGGAUUUAUUUGGUUUUAGAAAAUUGAAUGAUACAACUUUGUCAAAUUAGUAUUAUGGAUCUUGGAAAAAGUUUGUAGGAAAAUUUACCAGAUAUAUUUUACUAAUAUGAAGGCUGUUUCUAUAAGAAUUUGGAAAGUAAGUAUAAGUAUUUUAACUUUAAAAGAAAUAGUUGCUAGUUUCUGUCACUGAGCUGAUAAUUUGUUUCACAUUUGUGUUCUGUGAUCAUUGCAUCCAUCAAACCAUGGAUGACUUGCCAAAGUCAUGUUUUUUUCUCUCAUUCAUAAUUAUACAGACUUUAGUUUAUUGGAAAGUAUGGAAAAUACAAAGGCAUUUUCAAGAUACACUAAACAUAUCACUUAUAUCUUAGAAGUAAGAUAUUAAUAAAAAAAAAAAUAUGCAGAGAAAGAAUGAACUUUUAACGAAGAUAUUGAUGUAUUUUACUUUGAUAUGUUACUUCUUAAAUUAGGCAAGGUAUUAAUGGAGAAUUCAGAAAAUUAUUUUGUUAGCUAACCUUCCAGAUGGGCAAGUGAGUUGAAGCUGUGUUGUAUCCUCCAUCAUGUGUCCAGCAUCAUCUUUUCCAGUUGAGCAAGAUCGUCUCAAUAAGCAUGAGUCAGGAUAUUUGGCUAGAAGGUUCCUUGGAUGAAUCUAACUAAGUUUAUGAAAAGAAAUGUUUUUCACUUAUCAUGCUCUUCAAGGUUUUAGAGUUCACCUUUAUGAAAACUUUUUACAAUCUUCAGAUCGACCAAACUACCUCAAAUUAUGGUAUUUGGCUCUUAGGUCGCUGGGAUGAAGCCUCACAAAGUUUGUGAAAAUAAGUAAUCAUGAGGCAACAUUUAAAGCGACUGGAUUCACAUUUUAUGAAACUUUCAGUCUUCUAUUGAUGGAACAAAAGAACUUGUGUAAUUGUAUGGAACUAGUAUGUUCCUGAGAAGUAGCCCAACCAAAUUGUGGAAAGAAAAUACCUUGGCAAAUAUUCAAGGUAAAAAAUGUCCACAAAUCUUCAAAUAUCUCCUUGUGAUUAACCAGAGGAUAUAGAAACCUGAUAUUUAGCUGGGCUGAUAGGUUCGGUGGAUGAAACCAAAUAGAGCUUGUGAAAAUAAAUGACCUUGCUUUAUAUUCAAGAUUACUGGGGUCACAAUUGUUAAAGCUGUGAAAAUUAUGAUUAACCAGGCCUUUGAGUGUCACUGUUGAUGAGGCAAUGGCAGCCCAUUGGGGCUUUUGUUACAAUUUAUGAAAAAAUUGUCUGUAGUGACAAAUUUGUUUGACAACUGUUUAAUUGUUUGGAUCAAAGUGUAGUUUGUGUUCAAAAUUAUCACUUUAUUAUACAUGAGAUUAUUAUCCUUAUACGUAUAUAUGAGAAAGUUAAUAUCUGAUUUACACCAGUAGUAACUUUUAGCAUUGAAUGCACACACUAUAAAGCUAACUACAGACUUCUCCGUCAAAUUGUUUUAAACAUGAUCCUAUAUCAAGGUGGAACCUAGUUUUAAACAUGAUCCUAUAUCAAGGUGGAACCUAGUUUUAAAAUGAUCCUAUAUUAAGGUGGAACCUAGUUUUAAAAUGAUCCUAUAUUAAGGCAGAGACUUAUAUUUAGGAUGAUUCAGUCAUUUCAAAAUACAGUUAACAUGUAUGGUUAUACUUGUAUAUAUCUUUAGUUUACUUUGUACAAAUAAGAAGGCAGCUUUACAUGAUUACAAACUCAUUUAUUCCUGAUAUGUUUUGACUUCAGAUUCAUUUUGGUGUCAGCAUAUAUGUACAUUCCUGUCAUGUGGGUGAUGUUGAUAACUUUAUAGAUCUGACACAUCAAUAUUUCACCAUCUAGGUGUUCAAUCAAGAAUAUAAAUGUACUUGUUUGUCUCAAUCUGGUAAGUGUACCAGUAAAAUCUUUGAGCAAUACACCAAUGUUUAAAAUGCAAACUAUUACAGAACCUGUGUUUUAAGUAAAAAUUUACAUGUAUAUUGAUCUUAUCAGCUGAAAUUGGUAUGAACUUUGACACAUGAAAUGGCAUUCAUAUUGUUAUGAAUAGCAUUUCUUUGUUCAGAGUACAUAGGUCUGAUUAUUUCUACAGUAAAGGAAACGUUUCUUGAGAUAUUGUCAUUCAAAGGUAUGAACAUAUUUUAAUUUCAAUGAGAUAUUUUGAAAAUAAUGAAGAAAGUUUGAAGUUUUAUUAAAUGAAACACUUUACAAAUUUGA